CUCCGGGCCCCAGAGAUGCGGGGUCUGCCGAGAGGGAGGGGGCUGAUGCGGGCCCGGGGGCGGGGGCGUGCGGCCCCCACGGGCGGCCGCGGCCGCGGUCGUGGGGGCGCCCACCGAGGACGGGGUAGGCCCCGAAGCCUGCUCUCGCUGCCCAGGGCCCAGGCGUCCUGGGCCCCUCCGAUGCCUGCCGGGCUCACGGGCCCCGCGGUCCCUUGUCUCCCCUCCCAGGGGGAGUCCCCCGCCGAGAUGGGGGCGCUGCUGCUGGAGAAGGAGCCCCGGGGAGCCCCCGAGAGAGUUCAUGGCUCUUUGGGGGACACCUCUCAUAGUGAGGAGACCCUCCCCAAGUCCAACCCCGACUCCCUGGAGCCUGCCGGCCCCUCCUCUCCGGCCUCUGUCACUGUCACCGUCGGCGAAGAGGGGGCUGACACCCCCGUGGGGACCACGCCGCUCAUUGGGGAUGAGCCCGAGAACCUGGAGGGAGACGGGGGGCGAAUCCUGCUGGGCCAUGCCACAAAGUCGAUCCCCUCUUCCCCCAGCAAGGGGGGUGCCUGCCCCAGCCGGGCCAAAAUGUCAAUGACGGGGGCAGGAAAGUCGCCCCCCUCCGUCCAGAGUUUGGCCAUGAGGCUGUUGAGCAUGCCCGGGGCCCAGGGAGCUGCAACUGCCGGGCCUGAGCCCCCACCGGCACCGACUACCGGCCAGGAGGGGCCGCCCAAAGUACACCGAGCCCGGAAAACCAUGUCCAAGCCCGCCGCGGGGCAGCCGCCGGCCCCCGAGAAGCGGCGCCCAGAAGUGCAGCAUUUCCGAAUGAGCGACGACAUGCAGCCUCUGGGGAAGGGGACGGCAGAUGUGGCCAAAAGGAGGAAGCUGACCGCUGGUGGCCUGUCGGACGACUUGGGCUCUGCCCGCGGCUCGGGGGAUGUGACCCUGGAGAAGGGGGAGCCCAGGUCCCUGGAGGAGUGGGAGACGGUGGUGGGUGACAACCUGAGCCUGUACUAUGACUCCGUGGACGAGCACGUGGACUCUGACAGCAAGUCUGAAGUUGAAGCUCUAGCGGAACAGUUGAGUGAAGAGGAGGAGGAGGAAGAGGAGGAGGAAGAAGAGGAAGAGGAGGAAGAAGAGGAGGAGGAGGAAGAUGAGGAAGAUGAGGAAUCGGGCAAUCAGUCAGACAGGAGUGGCUCUAGUGGGCGGCGCAAGGCCAAGAAGAAAUGGCGCAAGGACAGCCCAUGGGUGAAGCCGUCUAGGAAACGGCGGAAACGAGAGCCUCCGAGGGCCAAGGAGCCGAGAGGAGUGAAUGGCGUGAGCUCCUCAGGGCCCAGUGAGUACAUGGAGGUCCCUCUGGGGUCCCUGGAGCUGCCCAGCGAGGGGACCCUCUCCCCCAACCACGCUGGGGUAUCCAACGACACGUCCUCCCUGGAGACAGAGCGGGGGUGGGAGGAGCUGCCUCUCUGCAGCUGCCGCAUGGAGGCGCCCAAAAUCGACCGCAUCAGUGAGCGAGCAGGGCACAGGUGCAUGGCCACCGAAAGCGUGGAUGGAGAGCUGGUGGGCUGCAAUGCCGCCAUCCUCAAGCGAGAGACCAUGCGGCCUUCCAGCCGCGUGGCGCUGAUGGUGCUCUGUGAGGCCCAUCGAGCCCGCAUGGUCAAGCACCAUUGCUGCCCGGGCUGCGGCUACUUCUGCACGGCGGGCACCUUCCUGGAAUGCCACCCCGACUUCCGCGUGGCCCACCGCUUCCACAAGGCCUGCGUGUCCCAGCUCAACGGGAUGGUCUUCUGUCCCCACUGUGGGGAGGAUGCUUCGGAGGCCCAGGAGGUGACCCUUCCCCGGGGCGACGGGGGCCCGCCCCCGGCUGCCACUGCAGCUCCUGCCCCGCCAGCCCUGGCCCAGGACGCCCCAGGGCGAGCGGACACCUCCCAGCCCAGCGCCCGGAUGCGAGGGCAUGGCGAGCCCCGGCGCCCUCCGAGCGACCCCUUGGCCGACACCAUCGACAGCUCAGGGCCUUCGCUGACCCUGCCUAACGGCGGCUGCCUCUCAGCCGUGGGUCUGCCCCCCGGGCCGGGCCGGGAAGCCCUGGAAAAGGCCUUGGUCAUCCAGGAGUCGGAGAGGCGCAAGAAGCUGCGCUUCCACCCCCGGCAGCUCUACCUGUCGGUGAAGCAGGGCGAGCUGCAGAAGGUGAUCCUCAUGCUGCUGGACAGCCUAGACCCCAACUUCCAGAGCGACCAGCAGAGCAAGCGCACGCCCCUGCACGCGGCUGCGCAGAAAGGGUCCGUGGAGAUCUGCCAUGUGCUCCUGCAGGCCGGAGCCAACAUCAAUGCCGUGGAUAAGCAGCAGCGCACGCCCCUGAUGGAGGCCGUGGUGAACAACCACCUCGAGGUGGCUCGGUACAUGGUGCAGCUAGGCGGCUGCGUCUACAGCAAGGAAGAGGACGGCUCCACCUGUCUCCAUCAUGCAGCCAAAAUUGGGAACUUGGAAAUGGUCAGCCUGCUGCUGAGCACGGGGCAGGUGGACGUGAACGCCCAGGACAGCGGGGGCUGGACGCCUAUCAUCUGGGCAGCCGAGCACAAGCACAUUGACGUCAUCCGCAUGCUGCUGACCCGAGGCGCCGAUGUCACCCUCACUGACAACGUGAGAGACACCCCCUGUGGCCGUACAGGGUGGAGGCCUGCCCAGGAGCUCGCCUGCAACCCGCUCUCCACCCUCCCUCCGCAGGAAGAGAACAUCUGCCUGCACUGGGCCUCCUUCACGGGCAGUGCCGCCAUUGCCGAGGUCCUCCUGAACGCCCAGUGUGACCUCCACGCCGUCAACUACCACGGGGACACGCCCCUGCACAUCGCCGCCCGGGAGAGCUACCACGACUGCGUGCUGUUGUUCCUGUCUCGGGGAGCCAACCCUGAGCUUCGCAACAAAGAAGGGGACACGGCGUGGGACCUGACCCCAGAGCGCUCCGACGUGUGGUUCGCGCUGCAGCUGAAUCGCAAGCUUAGGCUCGGGGUGGGCAACCGCGCUGUCCGCACGGAGAAGAUCAUCUGUCGGGACGUGGCCCGUGGCUACGAGAAUGUGCCCAUCCCUUGCGUCAACGGCGUGGAUGGGGAGCCGUGCCCCGAGGACUACAAGUACAUCUCCGAGAACUGCGAGACCUCCACCAUGAACAUCGACCGCAACAUCACCCACCUGCAGCACUGCACCUGUGUGGACGACUGCUCCAGCUCCAACUGCCUGUGCGGCCAGCUCAGCAUCCGCUGCUGGUAUGACAAGGACGGGCGGCUGCUCCAGGAAUUUAACAAGAUCGAGCCCCCCCUGAUCUUUGAGUGUAACCAGGCAUGCUCCUGCUGGAGAAGCUGCAAGAACCGCGUGGUGCAGAGCGGCAUCAAGGUGCGACUGCAGCUCUACCGCACGGCCAAGAUGGGCUGGGGGGUCCGGGCCCUGCAGAGCAUCCCCCAGGGCACGUUCAUCUGCGAGUAUGUGGGAGAGCUGAUCUCUGAUGCUGAGGCUGACGUGAGGGAGGAUGACUCCUACCUCUUCGAUCUAGACAACAAGGAUGGAGAGGUUUACUGCAUCGACGCCCGUUACUAUGGCAACAUCAGCCGAUUCAUCAACCACCUGUGUGACCCCAACAUCAUCCCCGUCCGGGUUUUCAUGCUACACCAAGACCUGCGCUUCCCACGCAUCGCCUUCUUCAGUUCCAGGGACAUCCGGACUGGGGAGGAGCUGGGGUUUGACUAUGGUGACCGGUUCUGGGACAUCAAAAGCAAGUACUUCACCUGCCAGUGUGGCUCCGAGAAGUGCAAGCACUCGGCGGAGGCCAUCGCGCUGGAGCAGAGCCGCCUGGCUCGGCUGGACCCCCACCCUGAGCUGCUGCCGGAGCUCAGCUCCCUGGCCCCCAUCAACAGCUGAGGACCUAGCCACGCCGGGCGCUUCACACAUUCCUGUCAGAGACCCCAGUCGGCCGGCCCGGAGGGUCCGCAGCCUCUCCUCUCCAGCGCUGCUUCCUCCCGGGGAUGUGGUCUGAGGGCUGGCCGAGGCUUGCUGAUUAAAGUUGGGGAUCUGCCACCUGAUUUUCUGUGUUCUCAAUAAACGUUGGGUUUGGUAAUAAA